GGUGUCUCUCCACCCCGAAAUUUCCAAUUACGCCUCUCCUUCUCGUCACUUUCUCCCCAGCAUACAUCUGGAGACCCACCCACUGUCAAAUCCUGGCUGUACUUAGGGAGAUUCUUCUUCAUUCACCACCCAAAAAACCUAAGACAUAUAUAAAUCCCUUAGCGGAAAGCACAGGGAUAUAACUUUUUCGCAAUGGAAUCCCGGAGACACGAUCUGUCGGAGGCUUCGAGUGACGAGAACGAUCCUAGUUUCAAGUGUGCUGAUGAGACGACAGUCCUGGGGAUGUCCAAGCGAUCGUACGAGUGUGUUUUUUGCAAGCAGGGGUUCACAAAUGCUCAGGCCUUGGGUGGUCACAUGAACAUACACCGGAAGGAUCGGGCUAGGGCAAAGCAGGUGGUCGCCGGUCCGAGCGCCCAGCCGCCCAAGCACUACCCCAUUUGGGAGUCUCCGAGGGGCUACGGCUACCCCUGUGAUGAUUCCUCAUAUGUGUCGGGGUUGGGAUUUAAUCAUCAACCCUCGGCUGAUGAAAAUUAUUUCAACUACCAGGACAUGCCGAGGGCUGGGUAUUCAGGACAGACGAACGAUGAAGUUUCGUAUGCAAACUUGAGCUUGCGAAUCGAGCUGUCACAAGUAGAGGAGAUGAGGAGUACUACGAGAGGGGAGAAUGAUGAGAUUGAUCUCGAGCUCCGACUUGGUCAAUAUGGUCGCUCAUGCGAAUCAUAACCGGUUGAUAUUCGAGACCCAGGGAGAGCGAUUGCCGGUCCCUCCAUGGCUCCCUAGGCGUGCCGUAUCUCCGAUUUGAAACAAAUAAGGAAAGUCGAAUUGGGGUGAUGGCCUAAUUCGACCAUUCGAUGGUUAAAUAAAGGGGGAUAGCGCUUGACGAGUAGAGAGAAAAAUGUUGAAAAGGAAGAUCAUAUAUUAUCUUCUAUGUCUUUAUACUAAAAUUCCUCCAUGUGCGAAGGAUAAUGUCAGCUUUAAGUAAGCUUCUUCGUGCGAAAUUCUUACUGAAACGUUGACGUUUUGGUUCGUACCUUGAGUCUGUUCUUAACUCGAACAUGCUUCUCACAAGACCCCCUG